AGUACAAUCAAAUGGUUCUCAGUUUCUCACCACACCAAACAAAAAAAACAAUCAAAUGAAUCAAUAGGUUAGAAAACCCCUCUCUUCUCCUGUUUUCCAUAAACCCUAAUUGAUAACUUCUCUUCUUUCCUUCAACUGAACCAAUGACGUCGUCUUCUUUCCUGCAGUACAUCAUCGGUAACACCGUCGCUUCGCCCACCAAUCUCCGCCGUCAAUUCAACCUCCCAAACCUCACCUCCGGCCACCAAAAGCGCGCGCAAUUUCCCUCAUCCCCACCUUCAGCAUGCCUAAACGUCCACGUUUUACAGCAGAAGAAGAAUGCCUCAGGAAUUGGCGCGAAAAGCAAGGAGAUAAUGGAGGAAGAUGCGAAGGUGAUAGUGGGGACCUACGCUAGAGCUCCUCUGGUGCUUUCCCAUGGAAAAGGCUGUAAAUUGUAUGAUGUUGAAGGGCGAGAGUUUUUGGAUUUUACUUCUGGGAUUGCUGUUAAUGCCCUUGGUCACGGUGAUCCUGAUUGGGUUCAAGCCGUUUCUGAUCAGGCCCGUACUUUGGCCCAUGUUAGCAACAUUUUCUACACCGUUCCCAUGGUUGAGCUUGCAAAGCGUCUAGUUUCAUCUUCAUUUGCUGAUCGCGUAUUUUAUACGAAUUCUGGAACAGAAGCAAAUGAAGCUGCCAUAAAAUUUGCUAGGAAAUUCCAGAGACAUACUCAUCCAGAUGAAAAAAACCCACCAACAGAGUUUAUCGCGUUCAGUAAUUGUUUCCAUGGAAGAACAAUUGGUGCUCUCUCUUUGACUAGUAAAGAAAAUUACAGGUCACCUUUUGAGCCGCUCAUGCCUGGAGUUACUUUCCUUGAAUAUGGCAAUUCAGAGGCUGCGAGAGAACUUAUAUUGAGUGGGAAAGUAGCUGCUGUUUUUGUUGAACCUGUUCAAGGUGAAGGUGGCAUAUACAGUGCCACCAAGGAAUUCUUACAGUCAUUACGUGCUACUUGUGAUGAAGCUGGAUCUCUCUUGGUUUAUGAUGAGGUGCAAUGUGGUUUGGGAAGAACAGGUUACCUCUGGGCACAUGAAGCCUACGGUGUAUACCCUGAUAUAAUGACACUGGCAAAGCCUCUUGCCGGAGGCUUACCUAUUGGAGCAGUGCUGGUUACAGAAAGAGUUUCAUCAGCUAUAAGCCCCGGAGACCAUGGAAGCACCUUUGCUGGUGGACCCCUUGUGUGUCAAGCUGCACUUACUGUCCUAGAUAAAAUCUCGAGUCCUAGUUUUUUGGCUAGCGUGUCAAAGAAAGGUCACGACUUCAGAGAACUCUUAGCAAAGAAAUUGGGAGGAAACCAACAUGUCAAAGAAGUCCGAGGGAAGGGUCUUAUUAUCGGUAUAGAGUUGGAUGUACAAGCUGGCCCGUUGGUUGAUGCUUGUCGAAAUUCAGGAAUGUUAAUUUUAACUGCUGGAAAAGGAAACAUAGUGAGAUUGGUUCCUCCACUAACAAUAUCAGAACGGGAGCUCGAAACAGGUGCUGAGAUUCUCCUAAAGUGUUUCCCGUCUCUGGAUUGAAGCAGUUGAGUUGGGUUUGUGUACGAUGAGUCUAUGAUUGUCAAAUUUCCCUGUAACAUCAAUAGAUCCAAAGCUCAUAAUUGGCAUCGUAGCUGUAAAUCAGGAAUAAAUUUUUCCUACUAGCCUCUCUUUGGAUUAUGCCUUGGUUUAAUGUACAAAUUGUCAUUUUCAAGAUAUCCCACUCGUUAAUCAGAACAUUGAGAUCUUUGAUGCUUGUCAA